UAUAAACAUCGCCUUCUUCUUCCUCUCACUGUCCCUCCUGCUGCCACUUCCUCAGGAUCGCCGGAGCCGCCGAGGUUUCACGGGCCGAUGAAGGUAACGUUGAGGAAACACAAGCCCAACAGGAAGCCUCGAACUCCCUUCACCACCCAGCAGCUGCUGGCGCUGGAGAAGAAGUUCCGCGAGAAGCAGUACCUGAGCAUCGCUGAGCGGGCAGAGUUCUCCGCCUCGCUCAACCUGACGGAGACGCAGGUCAAGAUCUGGUUCCAGAACCGCCGCGCCAAGGAGAAACGCCUGAAGGAGGCCGAACUGGAGAGGCUUCGCUUCGCCUCACGUCCUCUUCUGCAGCAGAACCCUCUCCUCCCUCCCGCCUCCCUCAUCCCUCACUUCCUCCUGUGUCACUCCUUUCCCCAGCUGCCCCAGCAGCUGCGGCCCCAGCAGCAGCCAGCCUUCGCUCCUUCACCGUCAGGAAGCUAGCAGAAGGUGUCUUGUCUAACACGCCAGUGUGUCCAGCUCAUGUGAAGGCGUCCUCUCCCUCUCUUUCUCUCCUCUCUCACCACCUCUCUCUCUCUCUCUCUCCCCCCCAGUUUCCUUUCAAGCUGACCAACCUU